AUGCCGUCCCAAGGGGACAGCUCCUCCCGUGAUCGGGAACUCGUCAAGUCCGAAUCCAGUCGGCAGUUAUCUGUUCCAAUGUGGGAUAGUUCUGAUCCCGAGCGUGCACCCCCGCCGCUGCCCUUGAACCCUCGCUCAAUGAGCCCUGCAACCAAAUCUAAUGUAUCGCCCGGUAUACAAGCCGUCGCGGCCAAAUUCGCCGACAGGCCGAGCGACAACGCUCUAAGCUCCUACACAACAAACGCCAUGCCCAAGUCUUCAUCACCGGAGCGAUCAUUGGUUAAGGGCCAUCACAAGCGGAUGCAGUCCCUACAGCCCGGUGAUACCAAGGGCGAUGCGCGUUCCGAGUUCCUCAACUACCUCGAGAAUCGUUCGCCGGACCGGCCUCUGCGCGCUACGAUUUUGGACCCGACAAACAAGCAACAAGAUGCGAGCAAGGGUGCUGGUUCACCUUCCGGUCGUUCCCCAGAGCGGGAACUUCCCACAUACGUCUCGAGUCGUUAUCUGUCCAAACCAAUUCUUGGAGAAACUACUCCUUCCUCUCCGACAAUGUUGGCCCUGCAAAAUAUGCAGCUUCCCUCUGAAAACGACCCUCCACCACCCUCGAAGGCGCCCAAAAUGAUUGCCGCUGCUCCUGCUCCAAGGGAACCAGAACCCGCUGCCCGAAUCGAAACCCAAACACAUACCAUGGGGACCCUCGCCUCCCAGAUCCACUGUCUCACCGAUAUUGCCAGCAAUCUGCAGCGUGAAAUGUCCAAUCUCAGCCGAAGAAGCAAAGAUAAUGCCACCGAUCUUGUUAGCUUGAAGGCCGCGACCAAUGCUCGCGACGAGGAUAUUCGAAAGAGCUUGAAGGAUUUGACAUCGAAUCUGUCAACCAAGUUUCUGGAUGUGGACCCUGCAAGGUUUGACCUCGGUGCUCUAAUGAAGCAUGAUAGUGGGAUUGACCGCAAUGAAUCGGAUAGUUCUCCCAACUCGAAGAGAAGCUACUCUGUGCCUCGCAUGCCCAGCCCUAAUCCGUUCAACUACGAUCGCGAGUUCGCCGGUUCGCCUGCACCAAUCUCUGAUGGCUCUGCCAGCAUCGCCCUGCUCGAAAAGGUAUUGCGCGAAAUGGCAACCAAAGAAGGUGAGGAGAAGCUUUUGGAGCUUGUCGACGAGAUCAAGUCACGACCAGCUGCAACCGCCUCCGACAAGGAAUCAGAUAAGAAGAUCACCAACAUGCUCGAAGAAAUUCUCAAUCUCGUGAAAGAAGAUCCUUCUAGUAGGGCCCUCGUGCGCGCCAUGAACAGUUCCGAUAAUCUUCAGCCAAGCACCAACCUUGAAAGUACUCGCCCUAGGUCAUUGAACUCUAUGGACCCUACAGCUGCCGUACGUCCUUUGAAUGUUAUGCAAGGUGACAAGCUGGAUAUAUCCCUCUCUGGUAACGACGAAAUUCUUGCCAUCCUUCGAAGUGUUAAGAACAGUGUCAUGGAAAGUGGUGGUAUGACUAAUGGCGUGAAAGCCCUUGUACGAGAGCUGCGCGGGGAGGUCCUAGGUAUGGGACGUGACCUUGCUCGCAAGUUGGAAAUCGUCGAUCAGACCCGGGCAAUUGGCGACAAAGAAAAGCCUCAGCCUCCUGGUCCCGAGGAGAUCGCCGCAAUUGUUAACGAGAGUCUCCAUGGCCUUCGAGAGCAGCUGGCUUCUACCGUCAAUGAAAGCCGACAACACUCCUCGGCAUUGUCCGAAUUCCAGUCCACUAUGAACAGCGCCGCUAUAUACUCCGUCGUUAAAAGAGCUCUUGAUGAGCUUGAACUGCCUCAACCCGAAGCCGCCCCCCACGGAUCGGUCAUGGAAAAGGAGGACAUUCUGGAAACCGUUCGGGAGGCUUGGGAGACCUACAGGCCCGAGAUAGAGUUGCAAAACUUUGGUCUGGAGCGUGACGAGAUCCUGGAAUGUCUCUCCGAGGGCCUCAAGUCUUACCAACCUCACCAUGAAGAGUCUUUGACCUAUGAGCAGGUCCUGGGAGCUGUCCGGACUGGUUUACAGGACUUCCAGCCACCACAACUCCCUGCUAUCACUCGCGACGAAAUUAUUAUGACGAUACGUGAGUGUCUCGAGAACUCCGAGCCUACCGCUCGCGGCUUGGGUGAAGAGCAUGUCAGGCACCUCAACUCAAUGCGGGACGAAAUUCUCGGUGCCGUGGCUGGAGUUAUGGAGAAAUCCACUUCCCGCGGCAUGAAUGAAGAGCAUGCUACUCACCUGAACUCAAUUCGGGACGAGAUUCUGGGUGUCCUGGCCGAAUCGAUAGAGAAGCCUGGUUCCCAAGGUCUUAAUGAAGAACAUGUCAACCUUCUCUACUCGAUCCGGGACGAGAUUAUGGGUGCCCUGACGGAAUCUCAGGAGAAAUCGAAUUCUCGUGGUCUGGAUGAGGAACACAUUCAUCAUCUCAACUCGGUUCGAGAUGAUAUUCUCCAUGCUCUUGCGGAAGCCAUGACCAACCCUCCUGCCACGAAAUCUAUGGACGAGGAGCAUCGAACCCAUAUGAACGACAUUCGUGACGAGAUUCUGAACGCCUUGACCGGAUCUAUGGCCAUGCAGAGCAUGAUCAGCAAGGAUUCUUUCGAUUCCGGCAUUGGCCGCGAUGACAUUCUCAGCGCAGUCUCUGAUGGCCUCGAGGCACACUUCACCACGGCAAAGGAAAUGGAGGAACCACGCAUCUCUAGAUCAGAUGUUGUCAACGCUAUUAACGACGCAUUUGAUGCUCAGCAGUCAGCUCUCAGCACCAGCGUUGCACAGCCGACCAUCACUCGCGAGGAGAUAAUGGCGGCUAUUGCAGAUGGCAUUGAAAUUGCAAACAAGCCUCAAGAAUCGUCAUCACUCUCUCGUGACGAGAUUUUGGGUGCUGUUUCUGAAGCCCUGGAGAAAUCGCGUGAAGCUGAAAAUUCCGCCCUGAGCACGAAUGUCCAGCAGCCGUCCAUCACCCGGGACGAACUUUUCAAUGCAGUUGUUGAUGGCAUCGAAAGCUCUAACACAAUGACUCGCGAGAUUGAAUUGAACAAAGACGAUCUCAUGGAAGCCAUUAGUGCUGGUCUCCAGGAAGCGACCAACGCUGGAAAUUUCAGCGUUGGUGAUGAGGUGCUGCGCCGACUCCAGGAUGUUGUCGAUGACAUGAAGGAGGAAUUCAAACAGUACUCCGCUGCCAAUGGCAAAGACACAGAACAAGUCCUGGAUGCAGUCCGGGAUGGCCUUGAUGUUGUGCGGAAGGAAAUUGAGACCUAUGUGGGAGGAGUUCACGAUGGAUCGGACAAGCUCGAGAUUAUCGAUACUGUCAAGGAAGGAUUCCGCCUACUCCAAGCAGAUAUGGAGAAGACCAUCAAUGACGCUUCUCUGUCAAACGUCGCACGGGCUGGCCCUGAUACUGCCGAGCUUCUGGACGCCAUGGAAAAAGAGUUCGAGCACCUUCGUGGCACCAUCAGUACACUUCUCGUUCGCGAUAGUGCCGGCGACAAGGACGAAAUCCUCGAUGCCAUCAGAGAAAUAAACGAGCAGUCAACGGCCAAGGGUGGCGACAUUGAAGUUCUCAACACCCUGAAGCAGGAGUUUGAAAACAUGCGGGAGCGAAUGGAGAUGAGUCUCGUUCGCUCUGAGCCCCCCUCUGAGAAGGAGGACAUCCUUGCUGCCCUUCGUGAGCACUUCGACAACCUCCAUGAAGAAAUUCGAGCGAAGGAUGGAAACGAGAGCAUGUUUUCCGCCACUAGCGAGCUACUCGAUGCCUUCAACGAGGGCAUUGACUCUAUCCGCGACGACAUUAAGAAGGUCAUCGAGAAGCCAGCUGAAUUCGACAGCUCGGAGAUCCUCGAUGUCUUGAAGGAUGGCCUGGCUGAGCUCAGAGUCGAUAUCGAUGCUCUCCGCGAGUCGCAAAAGAGCAAGGAGAUGGACGACGAGAGCACAACUCGCGGUGGUGAGCUCACGCUUGCUGAAGAUUCUGAGCUUGGGAGUAAUAUCGAGAGCUUGAAGACUUUGAUCACCGAGCUUCAGGAUAAGGUCGAGGCCAUAAAUUCUACCCCUCGCUCGGCUGAGCUCCAUGAAGAUGCAUUGAACAAGGGCCACCUGGAUGAGGUCCUUGUUGCUAUUCAGGAAGUUCAGAUCGCCAUGGGCGAGAUGGGUGCCAGCCAUGACCUUCAUAAGAGUGCUGCUCGCAAAGAAGAUACCGACGCCAUUCAGGAGCUUCUUAUGGGCACUAAGACUCAGCUCGAUGAAAUGGUCUUCCCUGCUCCGGACCAGAUCGCCACUUCCGACCAUAUUGGUAACCUUGAGGCCAUGAUAAAAGACGCCAAGGAUACCAUCGCCGACCUGUCUACCCGUCUGGAAGCCGAGGCUCCUACCAAAUCCGAAGUCGGUGCUCUGGAGGCUCUUAUCAAGGAUGUUUGGAUUGCCCUAGAUGAGUUGAAGGGUAAGACCAAGGAAGACGAGGCAGAGGAAGGGGAGAACUCUGACAAGCUGCUCAAGUCAGACCUUCAGACUGUCGAGGCUAUGAUCUUUGAGGUCAAGUCUCAGGUUGAUGAGCUGAAACUCCCUGAUGUGGAGACGCUCCCGACUAAAGAUGAGAUCCAGGAGCUCUCUUCGCUCGUCACCGACUUCCGGGAGAAGAUGGAAACAAAUAACGACAUGACUGCACAAGGGUUUGAGGCCCGCAAGACCGAGCACGCCGGUCUCGCUGAGAAGAUCGAAGAGGCCAAGUUCGUUGUCAGCGAGCUGGGUGAUGAGCUCAAGAGCAAGCUUGAUGGCAGUACUGAAGGUCUCACGGAGCUUAAGCACCUUCUCGAGGGCCUGGUCAUCACCGCCGAGAACUUCUCUACCGUGGAAAGUAUCAAAGAGCUGACCGAACUCAUCAAUCGGGAGUUUGAGCGUGCUCACGGCGAGGAAGAUGCGACCAAGCUGGACAAGGAGGAGCGGGAUGCCGCUGCUAUGGUCAAGCACGAUGAGACCCGGGCGGCUAUCAUCGUGGAACUCGGUGCCAAGAUUGACGAGAAGAUCGGAGAGGUUAUGUCGAAGUACGAAGAAGCUCAUACUUCGAUCCACUCCAAGUUUUCAGAGGCCGAGGAUCGUGAUAUGGCUCACACUGAGGCCGUGACCAGCACCAAGGCCCUUGCCGAAGAGAUCAAGCUUGUGAUUGGUGACAUGGGCAGCAGUGUCAAUGACAGCUGCGAGCGCAUGGCCGUGGACACGAAGACCCUCUUCGAGAAGGUUGACGAGUCCUACAACCGCAUGGAGGAGAUGCAAAAUGAAGUCAAGUCUCAACAGGAGCAGUCUCGGGACAGUAACGAGAGAGCCGUUGCUGCCACCGAGCGUGUGGAGAGCAAGCUGCUUGAAUUCAACCCUCAAAUUCUGGAGACUGUUCAGCAGAUCCUGACUGUCGUCAGCCAGCACUAUGAUCAGUCCCAGAAAUCCGCGGAGGAGCUACUUACCCUCCCGCCUCCGGAAUCCUCGCGAGAGAUUGAGGAUGACCCUGUGCACAACAAGUUAAACGACAUCCUGGAGCACGCCAAGAACAGCCAAGUCCAUGAAGUUCUCAACACUUUGCUUGAACAUUCCAAGAACGAUCAACUCCAUGACAAGCUCGACCGGGCCUUGGACCAAGGCUCUGGCCUGAAUGAUCGGAUCUAUGAGAAGUUAGAUCAGCUCCUCGAGCGUGCCAGCAACGGUGAUGGUUCCAUUCAUGAAAAGCUUGAUGCUCUGCUCAGCCAUCCAGCAAAUGCAGUGGACCAUGAGCACUCCGUCACUCAGAUGAUGAAGCUAGAUGAGAUGCACAAAGACAUCCUGGAGAACACUCGUAAGAUGAACGAGAUGUUCGCCGCCCAGUCCGCACUCGUUGCCGAGGACACUGAACGAAAGCGUCGCGAGGCUGAGGAAGCUGCCAUUGCCCUUGAGCGCCGAAUCGGCCAGCGCGAGCAGGUGGAAGCUGAGCUCGUUGGCUUGCACGAGGAGAAGGAGUCUCUGCUAAAGAUGCUUCAGGCUCUCAAGACCGAGAAGGAAGAUCUUACCAAGCAGAACCAGAAGCUAAGCAAGGAUCUUUCAGGCCUCGAGACUGCUCUUGAGAUCCGACACGAGGAGAUGCAGCAGAUGGAGGACCGCGCUGACGGCCUAGAGAAGCGGAUCUUGGAAGGUGUCCUCGACCAUGCUCGCACUGUGCUUCUCAGCCGAUCCGGCAGCUUGCAUUCCAUGAACCUGAAGAGGAACCGGAGCGCGCGUUCAUCUCGUACCGGUGCUCGCAGCCCCAGUGCUAUGAGCAGUGCUACCGCAAGGACCGCGAAAGACGACAAGGAUCCUCGCAGUAUUCUCGGCAAUGGCGUCGGCAUGGCGCUGAAGCGCCGCGUGCCGAACAACCUGCAAGCCGGAGUAGUUGCCGUCCAGCCCAAUAUUGGCAAAGAGCGUCGUAUUCUCAGCUUGAGCCAUGUCACAGGUAACCGAGGUGCGGACCGUCAGGUGAGCGCCAACAGUGGCAUCACGAACCUGAAGCGCAGCCACUCCGUCAAAUCAAGCUUCCCGCUCCGCAAAUCCUCAUGGGCUGGUCAUAGCUCCGUUGCCAAUAAGGAGAAUGAAGCAUUCCGCGAGGAGGACGAACAUGAUAGCGACCUCGGGAGCGAUGCGGGCACCGAGCGAAGAACAAGCUAUGCCCCGUCGGACCGGAAGACAAGUUACGCUGGCACUGAGCGCAAGUCCAGCUAUGCUGGGACGUACACCGACAGUGUCGUGACUGGUUCUACUGAGAGCGUUGUCUCGGACGAUCGCCGCACCAGCUGCGUGACAACCACUACUGGACAAGGAAGCUCUAUCGCUGGCGAUAGCCACAUGGAUGAGACCGAUGCCGAGUCGGAGUCAGAGGAUGCGCACACUGCCCGUGAGGAUGAUGACGAGGAUGAGCAAGCAGAGGAUGACGAUGACCACGGUCACCGAAAAUCGAUUGUGAAGGAUGAGCAUGAGGUGCAGGACGCCAUCGACCAGGAGAUCUCAGUGACCGCCUCUGCUAUGGAAGUGGAAGUUGUAAAACUGCUGGAGCCACCUGCUGACAGUGGGUUGGGCUCAGAAAUGGCAGUCUAA